CAACAUUCACAAGUUCAAACAACAGAACUCAAGCCGACUGUAUCGUCGUCAGAGGCGCAAAUACAGCCUCGUUCAGCCUCGCAGUAAUCCAGAGGUAAACUGCCUUUCUUGGUCAAUUGGAAAAUACUGGUAUUUACGUGCAUAUACCGGUAUCAUCAUCACCAGUGUAACCUUUGGUGGAGUCGAUAAAUACCUUCACAGCCCCAGAAUGAAUAGGGCCAAGCGACAUCCUCUACCUAGCCAGGUAAUUACUGCGACGAAAUUGAUCAACAGAUUAUGAUGCGUAAUGAGGAACCUCCAGUCUCUCAAAUCUUGAGUGAUUCAUCACUUCACCAUGAACCUGAUGGCUUACGAUCGAAAGCAAAGGCAAAAGCCAAACGACUGUUCACGAUUGACGAUAGCGAUUUCACAUCUGAAGAUCACGAAGAAGACAAAUACUUCGACGCUGUAGUGGAGGAGGUGAACCAGAGCCCAGCUUUUGACGCCGGAAAGAUACUCAAUACGUCCAGAUUGGGAAAUGGAUCGCGAACAGAAAGAACAAAAAACAUUCUGCAGGGGACUGCGGACGCUAUAGCUCACCCUAUCGCGUCAAUCAAAUCGAAAGCCACAAGAAAAACUGCGGGGAAAUUGGCCAAAAGUCGACCAUAUCUCUCAAAUCAAGCAAACUUUGACUUCCUUGAAGCCCACGAUGAUCUACAGCAAGCCAAGGACGCUCAACAUGCUGGUGACGAUGAGGAUGCGAAUGAAGACAAUAUAAACAACAUAGACUACUUCGAAAAGAGGGUCGAUAAAAUCCAGCGAAAUCGAGAGGAAAUGCGUGUUGCUUGGGUUACCGACAGACAUGUUCACCGUAUUCGAGCUGUUGAAAAAAUUCCUCCGCCAUUCCCGCCCGUCCAGCAUUUUGAAAGGAAAGAUGAUCAUGGGUUCACAGAAUUCAAAUGGGGAGAAUGGAUUGGAUAUAAACUUCUUCAUGGCUCACGCCCUUUCACCGCACAAUACAUUGAUGAUUUUGAAGAACUCCCUUUCGAUAUCGACACUUUUCGCAGACACAUAGAAAGGCUGAUUAUAGUCAGUGCCCCGUUGCAGGAAUUUGCAGUAGAUGUGAGGAAGAUUUACAGAUGGGAGGAUCAAUGGCGAACGUCUAAAUGGUUGAUAACAUAUCUAUUGCUUUGGUAUACAUCAUAUAUCAUGUCAUUCGUGUAUGCGUAUAUUGUCUAUGCGACUGCAAAGAACUACUAUUGCCCUUCAUCAGUGUCCGCAUUGCGAGAUGAGUUCUCAAGAAAUAUUAAUCGAGGAGCGACAGCUUUGAAGGCUGGAGAGCUCAUGGACCAGCAUGGAAACAAAGACUGGCUAGGCCCUCUUUUGGACAAACUUGGCCCAUAUCUACAAUUACAAAUUGCAGAUUUAGCCAACUUGCUUGAGGUCUACGACAGUUUUAUUCACUUUCGCAGCCCACAGAACACUUUUCACUCCCUUUUCCUUUUUGCAGCCAUGUUCCUACUUAGUGCAUGCGCCUCCAUACAGUUUACCAUGAAGGUAUUCUGGUUCGUAGUCGGCCUUAUAUUUUUUGGUUGCUGGCCUAUCAGCUCUUUAUACCCCCGAUAUCGCCUGCUUGUUUCGCCGCUCAAGUGGGCUUUUUGGGACAUUCCAACGUACCCAGAAUGGUCUCUCCAAUAUCUCCAGGAACGAGGAUCUUCCACCUUGAGGAAAAUCAAUCUAGACGCGUCGAAGGAUUCGACUAGCCGAUUUGAAAGUCCACAGGUAAUGGCGGAGCUAGUGGACGACAAUUUACAUAGCCCUAAAGCGGAGAAGAUCCAUCUUCAAGGUCUUGGUUUGGACAAUGUGCACGAAGAGUGUAAAGAUAUUCUUUCAUUUCGCUGUAUUUUGCAUCAUGUUCCAGGACAUUUGAUACUUUCCACCAAAACCAUUCGUUUUGAAGCUUUAUUUUCUAACAUUUUGCCCUGCAAACCCUUCAAUAAGCCAUACAGCGAGCUAAUCGAAAUGUCAAAACGACAGACCGAGGAAUUGCUAUUGGCUCCAUUAGCGAAAAUGACUAUCGGAAAAGAUAAACUAGAACUGAAAUUUCGCGGGGAAGCUGGUGGCGACAUGCACAGUGCGAGACAAAACGGGCAUGUGGUUGUGCUGCUAGAAAAUGUGAGGGGAAGGGAUAAGGCAUUCAAUAGUAUUGCAGGCUUCAGUGGGGUGAGAUGGCAGUGUUUGCAAAAAGCAUCGGGAAAACUUGCUGGAAUGGAAAACGGAACAUCGAACGCGAGUCCUUAGCACAUUUUGCAAUUUUCACACGAAGAACGUCGGCGAUUACCUUAUGCCGUAAGCUAAUCAUAGCUCCGAUCUUUUUAAUAUAGUUUCCCCCUUCCCUAUACUUCAUUUUGCACUAGUGCUUCUUAUUAAAAUCCCACUACAGUCGUUCCAGGAGCAAAAUUGAUACUCGCCGAUCACACAGACUUACCGGAUUUCACACAUGAUUGGAUCGGGCGUUGACUAAUUGAGUGAAGGGAUUUGAUGCUUGAUCGUUGUUUUUCAUCAGACCGAUAUUUGAUGGACUUCAUGAUUGGACUUCAGAAAUUCAAGGAAAUUAUCAUUUGGAUUUUACUGAAUGGCGGCUGUAACUCCAUCACAAUCGAAAUGAAGCAGUGGUGGGACGGCACACACAUACCAUGAUACUUGAAAUUACGAAUCAGAUUAUAAAGGCAUCAACCAAUUGUUAAUGAAUCUCUAUCUCUUGAAAACGAACCAGCCCACCGUUCCCCAACAAGCACUUUAAGUGAACAUUGGACCCUGAGGUUUUCAUGCUGUCCUUUCCCAUGCCCUUCCUUGCAUUUCGGUUAUAUCCUUGCGAUGAUUACCCACUUCGCCUACUUCAGCUCGUGCGAUUGACUCCACUCUACCUAUAGCGGGCUAGACUUUGGUCUAAACUCGGACCUAAAAUUAAGACUAAGAGAUA